UUGUGAGGUCAGUUUAAGAUUUUUUUUUUCUCUUAAAUAAUACACAAUAACAGGGGGCCCGGGGGAAGUCAGAACUCAGAACGGAGGGGGGAGUGGCUUCGAAAACAGAGGGAAGAGAGAAGAAAAAGCUACAGGGGAAGAAGAGAGCCCCCACCUGCGAAGGAGAGAGAUCGCGAAGAGAGAAAAGGCGAAGAAGAGUCCACGCCGGUCUAAAGAAGGAUAGUGUUGCUGCUGUCAGUGAAGACGUAGCAGCUCGGCAACAAGAUGGCGACGCCGGAAAGAUCACCGGUAGGGAUUCAUCCUCGGGGAUGGAAGAGAGGACCGGCGGCGUAGCAGAGCUGCAUAAGCUCUUGAACACGAAGAAACAACUAAGAAUCAAGGCCCCCUAAGGACAAAGCCAUCGAUUCAUGUAUUAUUCAGCGCUUGUUAGGAACUUUGUUUUAACGCUGAGUAAACGCCACGUGUCCUCCUCCUCCGGCCUCAGUUGUGGUUCCGCCAUGUCAGUAACCCCACUCCUAUCACGGUUCAACCAGAGCAUGUUCAACAAUGUCGUUGCCUCCAACAAGCUCAUCGCCAAUUUCCUUCGAUUGGGUGACAUGGAUUCUGCUCUCCAAGUGUUUGAUAAUAUGACAGUGAAGAGCACCGUUACUUGGAACUCUAUCCUUGCUGGCUACGCCAAGAAUCUUGGAAAUUUUGAAGUUGUACGCCAAGUUUUUGAUAAAAUUCCUGAACCGAAUAGUGUGUCUUAUAAUAUCAUGCUGGCGUGUUAUUUGAACAAUUUUGGCAUCCACAGAGCCCGUGCUUACUUUGAUGUAAUGCCUGUGAAGGAUACGGCGUCUUGGAACACGAUGAUCUCAGGUUAUGCUCAGAUUGGAUUGAUGGGCGAGGCGCGCAUGAUGUUCUUGGCAAUGCCAGAGAAAAAUACUGUCUCAUGGAGUGCGAUGGUGUCGGGGUAUGUGGCUUGUGGAGACUUGGAUUCUGCAGUGGAGUGCUUUUAUGCUGCAACUGUGAAGAGUGUGAUUACCUGGACUGCCAUGAUCACUGGGUACAUGAAAUUUGGCAGAGUUGGGUCUGCUGAAAAAUUGUUCCAAGAAAUGUCUCAGAAGACUUUGGUGAUGUGGAAUGCUAUGAUAGCUGGGUAUGUUGAUAAUAGCAGGGCAGAAGAUGGGUUGAAGCUUUUCAAGACAAUGUUAGAGACUGGGGCCAAGCCUAAUGCUGUGAGCUUGACUAGUGUGUUGUUGGGUUGUAGUAACCUAUCAGCAUUGCAACUUGGUAGACAAGUUCAUCAGUUAGUUUGUAAAUCUCCAUUGAGUAGUGACACCACAGCCGGAACUUCAUUGGUUAGCAUGUAUUCCAAAUGCGGGGAGCUGAAGGACGCGUCGAAAUUGUUUGUGCAGAUCCAACGGAAAGACCUUGUAUCAUGGAAUGCAAUGAUUUCUGGUUAUGCACAACAUGGAGCUGGUGAAAAAGCUCUGGAGUUAUUUGAUGCAAUGAAAAAUGAUGGCAUGAAGCCAGAUUGGAUUACUUUUGUAGCAGUAUUUUUAGCUUGUAACCAUGCAGGAUUUGUAGAUCUUGGGGUCCAAUAUUUUGAUGCUAUGAUAAGGGAUUAUGGAAUUGAAGCUAGGCCAGAACACUAUGCUUGCAUGGUUGACCUUCUCGGUCGACGUGGAAGGUUAUCUGAGGCAACAGACUUGAUAAAAAGUAUGCCGUUUAAGCCACAUCCUGCCAUCUUUGGAACGCUUUUGGGAGCCUGUAGGAUCCAUAAGAACCUAGAUCUGGCUGAGUUUGCUGCCAAGAAUCUGCUUGCGCUUGAUCCUAGUAGUGCAACUGGAUAUGUUCAAUUGGCCAAUAUUUAUGCAGCACAAAAUAGAUGGGAGCAUGUUGCUAGGAUUCGGAGAUCGAUGAAAGACAAUAAUGUAGUGAAGGCACCCGGAUAUAGUUGGAUUGAGAUAAAGAGUGUGGUGCAUGAGUUUCGGUCAAGCGACCGAUUGCACCCAGAAUUGGUUUCUAUACAUAAAAAACUAAAUGAAUUGGAGAAAAAAAUGAAGAUGGCUGGCUAUAUUCCGGAUCUUGAGUUUGCAUUGCAUGAUGUGGAAGAGGAGCUGAAAGAACAGCUUCUUCUAUGGCACAGUGAGAAAUUGGCAAUUGCAUUUGGACUUCUAAAGGUACCGUUAGGUGUUCCAAUCAGGGUAUUCAAGAACUUGAGAGUUUGUGGAGAUUGCCACACUGCAAUAAAGUACAUAUCAGCUAUAGAAGGAAGAGAAAUCAUUGUUAGGGAUACCACUAGGUUUCAUCAUUUCAAGGAUGGGUCUUGCUCCUGCAGUGAUUACUGGUAAUCUUGCCAUUAUGCAACCAAAACAAUGCAAUUGAAUUCAGUCAAAGGACAUGUCUAUUUAAACCAGUUAGUUCAAUGAACUUCAUUAUACAUGCCAAGAACAAAAAGUUUCACCUUAAUGAAUUUUUCGUUUUCACGCCAAACUGCCUUUGUUCUCCUUCAUUCUCACGCCACUUCUUCGUUGUUCUCUUUCGUUUUCACCCCACUUCAUCUUCUUCCUCACCUUCGUCUACUCUCAUCGUUGCCACUCACCAUCGUCUCGUGCGCUCACCAGUGUUGAAGAUGUGUAUGGCUAUGAUGGUGAUGAUGAACUACAAUGGCUAAUUGAGUCGGAGAAGGUGAUUGAAUUCUUGUGUGGUCACUUGUCUGCUUGCUAGUCUUCUUGGUGGUUACCAGGAUAUCCUCCAUUCUUGCUAAUCUUCUGUUUAGGUGAUUGACUUCUCUUCAAUUUAUUGUCAUAAUCAAUUUCCUUCCUCCCUUGUGCAGAUCUUUUAAUUUUCAGUUGGUUUUGGCUACCAGUAUCAACAAUCUCACUUUUUGCAUUAGCACUUAGCAGCUAAUAACGUUCAAAGGUCAGUUUUAAGGUGCAUGUUCUGUUUCUGUAGUGUAAUUAAUCACUGGAAUCAAUUUUAUUGUAGAAUAAUGCAGGUUGGUACAUGGUUAGUGAAAAGCCAUUUAACUUCUGCCAGUUUAUUAUUUUACCAUUGUGUCAGUAACAGCGAUGAUUGAACAUAAUUCUGCAAUAAAGUAUAACCCAAUUUGAUAUUUGAUCUCAAGAUUCUAUUUUAGCCAAUGUUCAUCAAUAAAUUUAUUUUGAAGUGAAACUAGAAAAAAUGAUAUAAUGGGAAAAGAAACCAAAAGAAAAAAAUGAAGCAUCUUCAUUGACUAACAAUCCCCAUUAUUGUUGUGUUAGAUUCUAUUGUGCUGUGCUGCUUAGAUUUGAUGGCAUAAGGGUGGGCGUGUUAGAGAUGAUGUAUUUGUUGUGUUUGGUCCUCUGAUUUUGGCUGUGUUUGUGUAUGUUGUAUGCUGAACUGCUCUGGGGUCUUCCCACCCUCACUUUCCGUUCUUAGGUUUUGGUGAAUGGUGAGUGUUGAUUUAUCAAUUAAAAAAAAAAGUUAGUGGAAUUGUUGUUGUUCUGGUUUACUAAAUUUUUUGCUAUUGCCUAGUUGUUCUUGCUGGUUGCUGUGUUCUUGCCAAUUGCCAUGGUUGCUGUGUUUUUUUUUUGCAAUUUGUUAACUUGUUAAUCACUUAAUUGCUGUUGUGUUAGAUGUUAUUAACUCUUUUGCUAUGUUGCUAUUGACUUAUUACUCAUUGCUGCUCCCUAGUUGUUUUUGCUGAUCCUUACUUUGUUAUUAUUGUGUUAAGUUAAUUGUUCUUGUUAUUAUAUUUUGUGGUUGAUUAUUAGAAAAUUGAAGGAAGUUUGGACCCUUCACCCUUCGGUGUGGUUCCUCUAAAAACCAGAACCAAUCAAGAAGUAAAAUUGCUAAGAUGUGGACCCUUUGGUGUGGUUCCUCAAAAAAUUAUGUGUAGUCUUCUACAUUCUCAAUUGUUUUCUGCAUAGUUCAUGAUUCCAGUAUCAUUGUAUCACAAUAAUUGUUACUCAUAACUGGAGCUUUACAAAUGAUAGUCACAAACCUGAGACAUAAGGCUUUCAUGUACAAAAAUAAACUUUAUGGCCAUGACUUGCUAUGACCAUCAUCACGGGGCAUGCACAUUAAUAUUUUGGUCAUAUGGUAGCUAGUGUGAGUGAGUUAUAUAGGACUCUAUCUAUAUCUAUAUAUGUAGCACUUGAAAGAUAUAUAACUAGCUUAAGUGUUCAUUUUGUGAACAUUAUGUCAAAUGUCUCCUGCUUGGGUCUUCUUCUUCUGCUUGAUUGUUUUGUUUUUAUGAACCAUGUUAAUUUGAGCUAUAUGAUAAACUAUUGCAGCAUGCCAAAUAUCAAACUGCCUCGUUCACAGAAUUUCUUCUUUACACUAAUAACCUUUUAUUUGGUCAUGGCUGAAGAGUAGAGGACAAAUGCUGGUAGUACGGGCUGGGAAUUUGGAUUUUUCAUUUUUCAUUUUUCAUUUUCCAUUUUUGUGACCGAAGGUGUAAUUGGGCUUUGUCAUUUCCCACUUAUGGUCUUAAUGUGCUUUCUUAGCUUUCUAGCAACUUUUUCAUAUGCCUAGAUAUUUAAUGUUGAUCAUGAUUUUAAGUUUUUGGAGUUAUUUCGAGUUAUUUCGUUAGCUUUAUAAAAAUUGGUGAUAUGUUUAAAAUUAAUUUUUGAGAUUAAGCUAAACCAACUUGACUAUAUAUAUUUAACAAUUCAAUGCACGCAUGAGCUUAAUUAUACUUUAACCCUGUUUAUCCUUUUCAUUACAUUCUUGACUAUAGUAACUGACAUUCCUUGUCUUUGCUAAUAGUUAAUAUAAAGACGUGAAACCAAACAAAAAGGUAUGUAGCAUAGAACUAGUAUGCUAAGUCAAGUUACUAGAUAGCGUAUUGGUGCAUUUGGCCUAAUCUCUUGGUUGUCUUGUUUAAUGUGUGUUUCUCAUUCUUUUGAGCUGCUGACCCAUUUUAUUUGGUGGUUUCCUUUUUCUGACUUUUUGGAUUACUCUAUUGAGUGUUGACUUAAUGUAUUUUUCUUAUUGGGUUUUUUCUCUACAUUUUUCUUUUUUCUGGUUACUUUUUCCUCUUAUUUUUUGUAACAAAAAGGAAAAAAAUUUAAAAAAUAAAAUUAAGUAAAAUUAAAUAAAUAAUGAAAUAAAUAAUACAUUAUGCUAUACAUAUCAACUUUGCACAUCUUUAAUUAGAGGAAUGGGGACACAUGCCAGUGAAAUUUGUGUCAAAAGCCAAAAUGAUGGCUUGGUUUUAUGCUAUUGAUAAUGUGCCAUAAUGUCCAUAAAGUGUGGCUUGCAGUUUUUAUUUAAAUUUUCUAUGUCAAGUGUCACCAAUGUGAGCUAGCUUUAUACUCAUGUAGUCAUGUGAUAAAGAUUUAGUUUGUAACAAAUAUUUAAUGCAUUUUUAUACUUUUAAUUUGAAUUAAUCUAUGAAUUUAGUUACGGAUAAAAUAAAUAAAUUUAAAUUAUAAACCCUAAUAACUAACUAAUUUAACACUCUAAUUUUUUCGAAAA